GAUGAAACAUUUAGUGAUUUUGUCGUUGUUUCCCGUCACAUUUUCGGUUGCUUUCGGUGAAGGUGACUUAACUAGAGCAGAGAGACAACUGCCUCAAGUAUUAAACCAAUGUACGUGCUUCGAUAAACUUGCACGUUUAGCAAAGAAUUACAAAUCUCUUUCCAUUGCUGACUUGAUUUUCGAUGUUUCGACUGUUUCUGAUUUAAUGCAGAAUUAUAAGGCAAAUUCCAUCAUUAAGACGUAUGUAAGCGUUUUUGAAAAAGAUGUCGUCGCCAACUUGAAGCUACUGGCGGAUUCCUUGGUAAAGUUUCAAAGUGCACGUCCUAAAAUGGUAGUCGCAUUGACGAAAAUCACGUUCAAUAACGCUGUUAGAAACAAAGGUCUCGAUUUCAUGAAUGUUUCACUUCCAUUUUAUUCAAACGGAUUUGAGGUGUUGAAAUUUGAAGAUAUUGCAUCAUUUGGCUGGGGAGGUGUCCUAAAAUCUGGCUUACAGCUAUCAGAAAUGGUGAGAAAUGCAACGAGAGUAUCCAAUCCCGACGAAAGCUCGAUGCUAAGUCAACUAAGCAGAAGCAUAUUACCAUUGACGGAAUCUGCGAAAACGGGCUGGAAAGUUUAUCACCGAAUAGACAAAGGAUUCCAAAAGAUAUUAGCAUUAUUCAAAAAGGCAGACGGAUCCGUUGGAAGCAUAUGUG